UUUGACAAUCAAAUCUAUUGCACAACAUUUCAACUUCAACAAAAAACUUGUUUACAAAAUCGUACCAAUUUCUGUCAUAUCAAAAUAUCGUCGCAUGAUGAUAUGCAAGAUAUAAUCGAUAUAAUUAUAAGCGGAUAUUUCCAUGAAGCGGGCGUUUUGCGUGCUUGCCGCUCUCCAAAACGACAGCACUUUGCGAGCAGUUUCUAAGAUGAAAUUAAUGAAUAACUUUAAGGAGUGGAAAUUUAAAUAUCCACCAAAUUAUGCAGAGCUUCCUAUUGAUGAAAAUCCAGCGUACAACGAGCCCGUGGCUGUGAAGAAUGCUGUGUUUUCUAAGGUACCAACGGAGCCUUUAACCGGCAACAUCCGUCUAGUCUGUGCGUCUGAGGAUGCCCUGAAAGACCUGUUUGACCUGGAUCCCAGUGUGGCUGAGUCUGAGGACUUUAUAAACUUUGUGGCAGGGAAAUAUCAGCCGCCUGGAGGGCUGAGUGUUAGCCAUAGGUAUGGAGGCUACCAAUUUGCCUUCUGGGCCGAUCAAUUGGGUGACGGCAGAGCCCAUGUCCUUGGUGAAUAUGUUAACAGCCGUGGUGAAAGCUGGCAACCCCAGCUAAAGGGCUCCGGUGAGACCCCGUACUCGCGCUUUGGCGACGGGCGCGCCGUGCUCCGCUCGAGUGUCCGCGAGAUGUUGGCUUCAGAGGCUAUGGUCGGACUUGGCGUGCCCACUACCCGCGCCGCUGCUUUGGUGGUGAGCGAUGACCACAUGGUAUGGCGCGACAAGAUGUACUCCGGGCGAGCGAAGCAGGAGCGAGCAGCUAUAGUAAUGCGAGUGUGCCCUGCCUGGUACAGACUUGGAUCUUUUGAGAUACUCGACAAGAGGAAGGAGCCUGAAACUAUGAAGACACUUUUCGAGUUUAUUAUAAAGCACCAUUUUCCUAUAGACAGUGAGGAUGAAGACAGAUUCGUCAAGUUUUACACGGAGGUCGCGCACAAGAAUUUAGACAUGGUGGCAGCUUGGCAAGGUGUGGGCUUCACCCACGGCGUCCUAAACACAGACAACGUGAGCAUCCUAGGUGUGACCAUAGACUACGGGCCGUAUGGGUUCGUAGACCACUAUUACGGCAGCUACGUGCCUAAUACCUCUGACGACUUCGGCCGCUAUGCUUUUGACAGACAACCCCAUGUCCUGCUGUGGAACUUGGAAAAAUUCGCUCUCGCGUUAGAACCCAUCCUUCCAGAAGAUCAGAAACAGAAGAUAAAAGAAGUUCAAGCAACAUUAGAAGAGUAUGUCAAGAGGAAAGUGCUGUCCACAUACCUUCUGAAACUGGGUCUGAAAGAAAUUCAAGAUGGCGACGGAGCUCUGAUAGAGGACCUGCUCAAUCUGAUGCAGGAUACCAUGGCUGACUUCACCGGCACCUUCCGACAGUUAGCUGAGGUCGACCUGGGGGAUUUAGAGGAAGUCUCUAAGCUGGAAAGCAAGUGGUCUCUCAACAAGAUCAGAGAGGCCAAAGGGUGGGGCACGUGGGUGGACAAGUACAGGCAGAGGAUCGAGAAAGAAAAUGUUUCAGAGGAAGAACGCCGUUCACGCAUGUCCGCCGUCAACCCGGUGUACGUACCGCGCAACUGGAUGAUGCAGGAAGCCAUCGCAGACGCAGAAAACGACGACUUCACGAAGGUGCGAUUUCUCCUGGAGCUGUUCAGAAGACCAUUCGAAGUGAACGCCGAGGCCGAGAAGCUUGGAUACUCCUCGCAACCUCCCAGUUGGUCUUACGGACUCAAACUGAGCUGCUCUAGCUAAACCUUGUUUUUACAUUCCCAUAGUGAAAUGACAUGACGAUCCAGAAACGAAGACCAUACGGUCACGAUCACAGAAUAAGUAAUAGUAUUAUCAUACAGAACGGCCACGCCCCGCCCCGCCCCGACUCGAAUUACCUCGCCCCACGACAGAAAUCUGGCGUGCUCUCAGUACUAUUUUAAGCAACUUACUCACACUAUGACGCGUGUACAGACGUGCCGUUCACACAUAGAAACGCAAGUGAUUUUGGAUGUAUAGCAUGUCCGCCCUGUGGUCACGAUUGACGAGACUUGACCCCAAAUGAAAUGGGAUGUGGCUAGGCAGAGAGAUGAUGAUGAUUGCCAAUGGCCACUUUCUAUCACCGCACGCUCGCCGUCGGCAGGGUGUUCAUCAGCACCUAAAUGGUCGCGUACUGUGCGGUUUAGGUAAGAGGAAUUUCCUCCCGCGGACGCUUCAGCUGUGGAGUGAGCUCCCUGCCGAGGUUUUCCCGAGGGGCUACAGUAUGGGGGUCUUCAAAAAAGGAGUGUACAGGUUUACGCUUGUAACACCUCUGGAAUUGCAGGCGUCCAUAGGCUACGGUGACUGCUUACCAUCAGGCGGGCCGUAUGCUUGUUUGCCACCGUUGUGGUAUUAAAAAAAAGAGAUAUAAUGACAUUUGUACCCCAAUUUCUCAAACCGAUAAUAUUGUGUAACAAUAUUGUUUUAUCAGCAGGAUGAAUGGAUCGUAAAUUAGCCAAUUGAAAUGUAAUUUUAGUAUCAGCGAUAUAAAAACGUAAAAACAAUGGAAUAAGUAUAAUUUUCAUAAUAAAAUAAUAUUUAGGCAAACUUGGGGACGGGUGAAGAAGUUAGGAUAUUUUAAAUAUAAUCGUUAAAUAAGUAUGUAUAAAUAUCUAGUGUUUACCCUGUAGGUAUAGUUAUUUUGUAAUAUUUAACAUUUGCAAUAACCUUUGUUGUUAUAAUUUGGGAAAGGAUCGCUGAUUAUAAAAAUGUUUUUAAUUCCUAUUUCAAUUGAUAAAGUAUUUUAUUAUUUUUAAUGGACAAUCAAAUUAUAAAUUAAAUAUUCACUGGAAUUAUGAAUGAGCUGUACUCAGUUGUGUUGUUAAAUAUAUUUAUUUUUAUAAAAAGUA